AUUUGAUCUGCGAUAUGAGAUGGGCAAAACCCACUGUGACGUCAGUCCAAAUGACCGGGGUACUGAUUGGUGCGGUACUGGCCGGGUACCUGGGCGACCGCUUUGGCAGGAAGAAGAUAUUUUUUGCCUUAAUGUUGCUGCAUUCCCUGAGUAACUUCGUGGCUGCUUUCUCCGUGUCUUGGCAGAUGUUUGGUGCCGUCCGGUUCGUCCUUGGAUUGGCAAUCGGUGGCCUCACUGUGGUGUGCUAUACGUUCUGUAUUGAGGUUCUUCCCGUCAGAUGGCGACCCAUUCUGUCUGUGAUCCCGGCCUGGGUGCUCGGCACGUGCAUGUUGGCCGGCGCUGCCAGUCUGCUCCAGAACUGGUCUCACCUUCACAUUGUCUGUGGUUUCAUGGGUCUCCCGACUUUGCUGGCAUGGUUCAUAGUGCCCGAGAGCAUCAGAUGGCUUAGUGUGCACAACAGGAUAGACGAAGCUAUGGGGGUCCUUAGAAAGAUGGCAGAAACCAAUGGCAAAAAAGUGCCACAAAAGGCAAGAAGUGUUCUGGAGGGUAUCGCAAAGGAGGAAGAAGAGCUACGUGUCACCAAUAAACAGUACACAUACUUGGACCUUGUGAAGGAGCGAAAGGUGGCCACAGCGACUGUCCUUGUCUGCUUCGACUGGUUCGCCAUGUCCCUCAUCUACUACGGCAUCAGCUUCGGCGUGGCCAGCUUUUCUGGCAAUUUCUUCGUGAACCUCACCAUACUGACCGCCCUAGAUGCGCCCAUGAUGCUCGUCUCUUUCUGGCUUGUGAACAGAAUUGGCCGGCGCUGGACAUCAGUGCUGUAUUUUGUACUGGCCUGCGGGGCUGCAGUCGGGUGCUUGGUGGUGGAGCUCAUUGGUUCGGCUGAUCGUGGCCUGAUGCUCAACAUCCUGUGUACAUCGUCCAAAGUGAUGGUCAGCAGCGGCUGGUGUGCUAUUCAGACCUGGGGGGUAGAACUUUACCCAACGGUCAUACGGAAUCUCGGCUACGGCGCCCACAACACAGCUGCUCGUGUGGGAGGAAUAGUGGCCCCUUUUCUCAUCAAUUUAGACGACAUGAAGGUAGUCUCCUACGUCGUCGUAGCGGUUCUGUGUUUUCUGGUCACGAUGACGACAUUCGUCCUUCCGGAGACCAAAGGCAAGUGCUUGGCUGACAGCCUGAAGUCCUCCUCGUCGGAAGCUCCGAAAGUUAAAGUCGACACCGGUUUUAAGAAGGUUCCUAACGAGAUCUGUAUGGACGGUGGCAAAGAUGUGGAGAUGAAUGACAUUUUAGAGGUUGAAUCUCAAGAUGUUAACAGCGCUCCAAAUGCGCAAGAUGAGAUAAGAAAGCCGCCAGUGGAUGAUGAUGGAGAAACUGAGAAAGCGGGGCAGACGACGAACAUUAACAACAGGCUUGAUAGAGGUGUGAUCUCGGAGGCAGACACCGUUGUCGUACGACUGUAAAGCAGACACGAGUUGUAUCCCCCUUUUCUUUAUCUACUCUGAUAAAACUGGUAGAUUCUUGAGGGUCUUUGGAGGGCAUCAUUUAUAUGUCCUACUUUUGUGCAUUUCUUCUGCUGUUUUCUCUGCUUGUAUAACUUUUUUCCAACACCUAUUUAAAGGCUGUUGUACGACUGCCCCCUGUAUCUUCUUCUCUGUAACUGGAACUCAACUCUAUUUUCUUCAGUUUGUAUAUUUUGUGUAAAUAGUACCAAGUUUACAAUUAGACAGAACAGACCAGGCGACACCAUAAAGUAGUACAUGGGCAUAAGUUACACUUCUCGGUAAGAGAGUCCCUUUAAAAGAAGAAAAGUCUACCUUUUCAAAUCAAAAGCGAACUGGGCCAAUAAUAUCUUAUUUGCUAUAAAGCGUACACACAACCACUUCUUCACGGAAACUGCUCAAUGACUUAGGAUAAGUAAGAGUAUAAUGAUUACACCGUAGUUUUCUACAGCUGUGAUUUACACCGUGAAUAUUGUAAGUUAUCGUAUGAAGUAUGUACAUAUCUAUUUUGUACUUUGUUAUAAUAUGUGUCGCGCGUACGGGAGGCUGCUAUUUUUUUUAGCAAUAAACACAACCUAAACAUUAUGA